CCGGGCGCGCAUGAAUUAUGUCUCGUAUUCAAAAAUAUACUGCAACGCCAUUUUACCCGUGCCACCUCAAUUUUAUAUUCCAGCAGUCAGUAGUCACGUAUGUUCGCUGGCAGAGCAGACUCCUGCGAUAAAAAUUAGCCCCAGCCAAAAUCCGGACACAUAAAAUCGUUAAUAAAUUACACGAACUCGUUUCACGAAAUUGUAAUCCGAGCGCGAGUUCCCGCCAAUCUCAGAACUUUCCCGGGCUUUUUUCCCGCCAUCUUGGGAUCGCCUGAUUUUUUUCCAAAUACCGGAAGUAAGUGCAUUGGAAUUUCAUAAACAUCCUGGUGCAUUUUUCAGUGUUGUGUCAGUGAUUUUUAUUUUUAUCUUCCUGAGCGAGGCAGCGACGGUAGGCUGGGUGAGCAGCGCGACCCGCGUUGGUACAUCGACUCCGCCUACGCCUCCUCUCUGAAGGUCUCCCUCCGACUGCCCACCAGCCAGCUUCUUGAAGAUACACAUGUUACAGACUUUUUUCAACCAAGUUUUCGCCGGCCAGACCUCAGGAGGUUCAUAAUGGCGGAAGUAAAGAUGCCGAGCGGCCACGUGGACAAGCCAGCGAUAGAAGACAACCGCGACGGCACGGUCAGCAUCAAGUAUGAGCCGCGAGAAGAGGGCGUGCAUGAAUUGUAUGUCAAAUACAAUGGGGAGCAUGUGCAGGGUUCCCCCUACAAGUUCCACGUGGACUCCAUCCCCUCGGGCUACGUAACGGCCUAUGGCUCGGGUCUGGUGAGCGGCGUCAGUGGAGAGCCGAGCCAGUUCACCAUCAGCACCAAGGGUGCUGGCGCUGGGGGGCUGUCCAUGGCUGUGGAGGGACCUAGCAAAGCUGAGAUCACAUGCCACGACAACAAAGACGGCACAGUAUCUGUCUCCUUCCUGCCCACUGCUCCAGGCGAAUACAAGGUCUCCGUCAGGUUUGGAGACAAGCACAUCAAGGGAUCCCCCUUCACUGCCAAGGUAACUGGCGAGGGUCGCAAGAGGAACCAGAUCUCCGUGGGCAGCUGCAGCGAGGUGACUCUGCCAGGGAAGAUCACUGACAACGACAUCCGCAGUCUAAAUGCUUCUAUCCAGGCCCCAUCAGGCCUGGAAGAGCCUUGCUUCCUGAAACGCCUACCAUCGGGCAACAUCGGCAUCAGCUUCACGCCGCGCGAGUCCGGUCAGCACAUCGUCUCCGUCAAGAAGAUGGGCGUCCACAUCCAGAAUUCGCCUUUCAAUAUAACUGUGCAGGAUCAGGAGGUUGGAGACGCUAAGAAAGUUAAGGUAUCUGGCAGCGCUCUGAAAGAAGGCAAGACUCACGCCGAAAAUACCUUCUCUGUGGACACCAAGAAUGCUGGAUACGGUGGUCUUUCGCUGUCUAUUGAAGGCCCCAGUAAAGCCGAGAUCCAGUGUGCGGAUAGCAAAGAUGGCGUCCUGAACAUCAGCUACAAGCCAACCGAGCCUGGGUAUUAUAUCGUUAACCUGAAAUUCGCUGAUCACCAUGUGGAAGGCUCACCGUUCACUGUUAAGGUUACUGGUGAGGGCAGCAACAGACAGCGAGAGAAGAUUCAGAGGCAGCGCGACCAGGCGCCGCUCACCGAAGUUGGCACCAACUGCAAGCUCACCUUCAAGAUGCCUGGAAUCACCUCUUUCGACCUCGCUGCCACCGUCACCAGCCCUGGCGGCGUGUCUGAAGACGCCGAGAUCCAGGAGGUUGAAGACGGACUGUACUCCGUGCUCUUCGUGCCUAAGGAGCUGGGCGUUCACACCGUGUCUGUCAAGUACAGGGAAAUCCAUAUUCCUGGAUCCCCCUUCCAAUUCACCGUCGGCCCUCUCCGUGACUCCGGCGCCCACUUAGUCAAGGCCGGCGGCGUCGGCCUCGAGAGGGGCGAGGCCGGCCGUGUCAACGAGUUCAACGUGUGGACCCGCGAGGCGGGCGCUGGCCAGCUGGCGAUCUCACUCGAGGGGCCGAGCAAGGCCGAGAUCGACUUUAAGGAUAGGAAGGAUGGAUCGUGCGAUGUGUCUUACAAAGUUGAUGAGCCUGGCGAAUACCGCAUCGGCCUGAAGUUCAACGAGCAGCACAUCCCGGACUCCCCCUUCAAAGUGUACAUCUCCCCCGCCAUCGGCGACGCCCAUCUGCUAGAAGUAGCCCAGUUCCCUGAUGCAGCGCAAGUGGACAAGCCAGCGCAGUUUUACAUCAGGCUCAAUGGAGCUAAAGGAGACCUGGACGCUAGGGUGAUGGCCCCCUCAGGCAAAACCGACGACUGCUUCAUCCAGAACAUCGACGGGGACCAGUACAGCAUCAGAUUCAUGCCGCGCGAGAACGGCGUGCACAACAUCAACGUCAAGUUCAACGGAGUUCAUAUUCCCGCAUCUCCGCUGAGGAUCAAAGUGGGGAAGGAUGAUGCUGAUCCCGCGGCGGUGCAUGCUCAUGGACCUGGGCUAGGGCAGGUGAAGACUGGCGUGAAGACCGACCUCAUCAUCGACACCUGCAACGCCGGCGCGGGCAACCUCGCCGUCAACAUGGACGGGCCCUCCAGGGUCGCCAUGGAUUGUACAGAGGUCGAGGAGGGCUACAAGGUGCGAUACACGCCCCUGGCUCCUGGCUUCUACUACAUGAGCAUCAAGUACAACGGACACCACAUCGUCGGCUCUCCCUUCAAGAUUGAGGCCACUGGUGGAAACUUGGCUGAAGUCGGUGCCCAAGAAACCUCUUCCGUCUCCGUGGAAACCGUCCAGAAGCUGGCCAAGGCCGGCCAGAAACAGGGCCCUGUGCUGCCGCAUUUCAAGUCCGACGCUUCCAAAGUCACCAGCAAGGGCAUGGGACUGAAGAAGGCGUAUAUGAACAAGCAUAAUCAGUUCACUGUCACGUGCACGGAUGCCGGCAACAACAUCCUCUACGUCGGCAUCUACGGCCCCAAGGGCCCGUGCGACGAGGUCCAGCUGAAACAUAAGGGUCGCCACAACUACGAGUGCUCUUACGUGGUCCGCGACCGCGGGGAGUACAUCGUCAUCGUCAAGUGGGGGGAUGAUCACAUCCCUGGCUCUCCGUAUAAAGUUGAUGUUUAGGUUGUGAAGCAGUUGUGAACUAGUGGGGAAUUUAUAGAUGUUUUCAGUCUUCGAAGUCAAAAGCUAAAAUUUUUUUCAAGAACCUUAUAUUGCAGGCCAUUCCGUCUAGACCAUUUCUUUGAGGGGCGGACCUCGAAUGACGUCGAGUUGGUAUUGAACGUUUCUUUAGAUACUUUUGCAGCUGUUUUGAUACUUUCAAGUAAAAUAUGUAUGCAUAAAGAAAUGCGGAAUAAGUGUGACGUCUUUCAAGGUCUGUCGUUAAUUGAUUUAAGUAGUAGGGUUAAUGCUGGUCAAGUUCUAGAAAUGAAAAGACUAAAAUUCAAGGGAGGAAAGUUCUUGAAAUUAAUUUCAACGUUUUCUAAUAUUCUUUAAAUAAUGUCCUGAGUAUUAGAAAACGGUUUUUUUUAAAUGUAAAUGAUGUUCUUACAUUUAUCAAUUCCCCACAAACCCAGAUGACAAUGAAAGUAUUAGGUAUAUAAAGGACGUUAGAUUUUGCUCAUGUUAUGGAUUUCUUCGCUCGGUUUAAAAUAUCGAUAUCGAAAAGGUUUUAAAAGAAAAAAAUAAAAACGAUCUCUUAAGUGUAUCACAAAAAAAAAUAGUAAACCUUUUCGUUAUCUAAUUUUUGUACUUAUUUAUAUUUAUUAUCAAGUUUUCUUGUUCCUUCUUUGUUAUUUUAUUUUAUAUAAUUUUCUAUAUUUAGCAUUGUGAAGUUCUAAUCUAACAUGUUCAAGCUUUGAACACAUAAUUUGUAAGUUUUUGUCAACCAGUGCUUUUGAGAAAUUUUAUAUGUUUCUCGUUUAGUAUAUAGGGCGACUAAAUGACAAUACAUAUAAAGUAUUACUUGAAGUAUUCCCUACAUAUUUUAAGUCCUUUGAGGGUUAUUUCUGGAAAUCAUACGCAAAUUCGUUUCAUCUAGUCUUAAAUGUUUCAAAAGCUUUUUUGUUUAAAAAAAGUUUUCUGAAUAUUAAUUUUCUUUAUUUUUAUCAACAUAAAGGCAAAUAAAAAUAGUAUCCUCAUCAGACGCCAACAUUUGUACCUAAUAUACUAUGAGUAAUAACGUCAUUAUUAUUACGUCCAUUUCCACCACAUUCACAAAGAUUUGGGGUAUUUCGUCUAGAAAUAGUUUAAAAAGUAAUGUAUUUUUAUUACUUUAUGUUGACAGAAGUAUUUUAGAAUUUGCCUAUGUUUUUCAGAUCAGACUGGAAACAGACGACAGAUUUUUUCGAUCUCAAUUCUCAAGUCACUAACAAUUAUUCUGAGAAAUCUGUCCUUUGCUGUCAGCCUAGAUCUUCUUUGGACCUCUUUUAUUCUAAGUGACCAUGUACCGUAAAAGCACCCAACUAUCGUUCAAUACGACAACCAUGUUCCAAAGGGUCAAUACGUAAGUGUUAAUGCUCUUUUAGUUAUUUUUCUGAGUUAUUUCUUCCAUAUAUGAAAUAUACUGCCUUAGAACUGAGUCUUUCUAACAGUUACAAAUACUCAUUAUUGUACACCUCGGUAAAGCCGGUAAAGGCGGUCUUAUGGCUAAAAAACGAACUCGUCCAGACAUCCGUUAGAUAGCGGAAAUACACCUAAAUAAAGAUAUUAGACUUCUUUAGAAUAUAGUUGUUACAUUUUUACCCAUAGGUGGGUGGUAUUACGAUACGGCUUUAUACCGUAUGAUUUGUGCUGUAUGAACUGUUUUACCUACGUAGGUAGAAGUACCCUGUACAAUGUAAAUACCUAUUUUAAGUAUUUUAAUAUUUGCGACUGUUAACUAAAUAAACGGAAAAUCUUAA